AUCACUCAUUUCAAUGUUGAAUUAUUCUGCAGAAUUUUAUUGUGCCGCUUUAGUAUGACUUAUCGCUUAAAUGUAAUUCAAAUAUGAAAGAUAUGAAAAUUGUGAAUAAUUAGUAAUUAUACUUAGUAAGGCAAACAAAACAGUUGUGCAGUUUAGGGAAGCUCCGACUAACAGAGAUAGAGCAGCAAAAAUCGAGUGCAUAAAGUGUUUUAAAUGAGAAUAUAAUUAAAAUUUUAAAAUUAAAAACAAACAAAGCUCAUUGGAAGAAAUGUGGUUCUUUUUAAUUUAUUUUGUUUUAAUUUUAUUAAUUAUACUUUUAAUAAAACACUUAAAUAAAACUUAUUAUUUACUUUCGCUUUGUAAGCGAGUAAAAACCGUCGAUGGCGCCGAACUCUCGAGCAAAAUAAUGACGAUACCCGGCAAAACAAUAUUUGGUAAUAACUUCGAUGUGCUAGACAUGACUCCAGAAACCAUAUUUCAAUUUAUACGUACAAAUAACAAAAUGUCGGGUGGCAAAAGUUAUAUGCUGCAUUUUAUGAAUGCGGCGGUCUAUAAUGUAAUAAAUGCCGAAGAUGCGGAAGAAGUUCUUCAAAGCCAAAAUCUGAUAAGGAAAAGUGUUAUUUAUAAAUUGAUAGAGCCAUUUCUAGGUGAAGGUCUUUUGACAAGUACAGAUCGUAAAUGGCACUUCAGACGUAAGACACUAACACCAGCUUUUCAUUUCACAAUUCUACAAACUUUUCUAGAAGUUUUCAAAGAGGAAAGUGUAAAGCUUUUGACAAUAUUUGGCGAUUACGUUGAUAAGACCAUGGCUCUGGAAGACGUAAUACCACAAUUCACACUAAAUAAUGUCUGUGAAACUGCACUGGGUGUUAAAUUAGACAAUGUACCUGGCAGUAAAGAAUAUCGUCAAAGCAUACAUGCAGUAGAGCUAAUACUUGUACAUAGACUUUGUAAUCCCUUAAUGUAUUAUAACAUUAUUUUCUAUCUUUUUGGAGAUUACAAAAAUCAAAGCAAAUAUCUGAAAAUUGCACACGAUUUUUCCAGUAAAAUUAUUCAAAAAAAACGCGAAGAGUAUCACAGUCUUAAACAGGCUGAAAUAGAAAAAGGAAUAAUACAACAAGAUGAGUUCAGUGAUGUUUAUGGGAAGAAGAAACGAUAUGCUAUGUUGGAUACGCUUCUGGCAGCCGAAGCACAGGGUCAAAUUGAUCAUCAAGGCAUUUGUGACGAAGUAAAUACUUUUAUGUUUGAAGGUUACGAUACCACUUCAACUUGUUUAAUUUUUACCAUAUUCAAUAUGGCUCUAAGACCCGAUAUACAAGAUAAAUGUUUCAAGGAAAUCGAGCAUUUAGGUGAUAUAGAAAAUCUUACAGUAUUCGACUUCAAUAAACUGGAAUAUCUAGAAUGUGUAAUAAAAGAAAGCCUACGUCUUUAUCCAUCUGUGCCAUUUAUAGCACGUGAGUGUGAGAAGGAAACUGUUAUAAAUGAUCUUAUCUUCUCUCCGGGUUCACAAAUUAAUGUGCACCUAUUUGAUAUCAUGCGUGAUCCAAAACAUUUUGAUAAUCCAACUGAAUUCAGACCGGAAAGAUUUUUACCAGAAAAUACAACAAAUAGACAUCCAUUUGCUUUUGUACCUUUCAGUGCGGGACCAAGAAAUUGUAUUGGUCAAAAAUUUGCGAUACUGGAGAUUAAAGUUCUUCUAGUAUCAUUGAUAAAAAAAUAUCGGUUUUUACCAGUAACACGAUUGGAAGAUAUUAUAUUCGAAAAUGGUAUCAUUUUGCGCACAAAACAACACGUUCACAUAAAACUGACAAGAAGAUAAAUCAUUUAAGGAUCAGAAACGAUGAAUGAAAUAGAUAAUAACUUUAUAAGGUUGACUUUAUUGAUUUAUACUUAUAUUUGAAAAGAACUUAAUGCAAUAAAAUUUACUUUUGUAUAUCUAAGUAUAUAUAUAUAUAUUAAAAUAAUUGUUAUAUAAUAUUGACGAGUUUUUAAGAUUUUAAAUGUAUUGUUCACUGGUGACGUUGGGUGUGCGAAACGCAUUAUUUUAGGAAAAACGGACACGAAAUACCUUCAUAAAAGUUCCUUUUAAUAAAGUGUACGAAGAUAUGACACCGAAGAUAGUCCUAAGCAAUAAUUGAUAACAGAUGGCAUACCACAAAGAUCAAUACUUAUCACUACACUAUACACUAUAUUGGAACUCCCUUAUUAUGACUUAUUAUAAGUAUAGAAACUAAACGGAUUAUCAAUAAUUAAUUGACGCCUAAAUAUUAGGAUUAUGUAGUGGCUUUACGGUGCAAUGUUCAAUUUCAUUCUAUCUUAUGCAUUUCUUGUUCUGUGGACCA